AUGUGUUUUGAUACUCUUAAAUGGACUGAGCAUUUACCGAUUGUACUUUUGGGCUUAAGAUCAACAUUCAAGCAAGAUAUCGGAUCCAGUCCUUCGCAAAUGGUUUACGGCACUGUACUUAAACUACCCGGCGAGAUGUUUAUUGAUAGCCUUUUCAAGCCACAAGAUGAAUUCGUAAAGGAAUUUAUUGAACUGAUGAGAUCCGUCCGUCCUGCAGACACAGCUCAUCACUCAAUUAAAAAACCGUUCAUUAAUAGUAGAUUAAAUGAUGCGACGCAUGUUUUUAUUCGUGUGGACAAAGUACGUUAUUCAUUUACACCACCAUACGAUGAUCCAUUUGAGAUAAAGAAAUGUUUUCCUAAAUUUUAUAAAAUUUUGGUUGGAGAUCGGCCUGUGAAUAUAUCUGUUGACAGGUUGAAGCCCGCUUUCAUUACAUUGGAUAAAGCUGAUAGUACAACUUCAAACAGCACUUAA